CGCAAAGGUGUGGGAGCUUUAUUCCCUACGAGUACGAACUAGGGCGCAGUGGUUACUCGAUCGUAGGAUGGAUGUAGCACUGCAACCGAAAAACAAUGCUGGUCUCGGAGGCGCUGGUGGAGGCUUCGGAGGUGUAUCUUCUUCAAGCAAGAAUGGAAACAUCGUCGAUACAGCUGGCACAUUUGCCGUGUUAAACCCUGGUAAGCAGAACGUGCAUUCCCGAUUAGGGGACGUGUCGCGUGAUGUUGUAGCAGAAGCCCAGCUGUCGCAAGUCGUGCAGCAAGUUAUCGACGCACCUUCGACUCCACGCGAUGCCACGUUGGUGCAAAAUUGUGUUGCGCAAAUCCGUACGUCUUCAAAUACUUCUGGAGUAUUGCUCGACUCCCGUAUCGCUUGGAAUGGAGUGUAUGCACACCCAGAAGACCGCACUAAAUGGGCUAUAGCCAACGCAAAACUUCUGAAGGAGAAGGUGAGAAACUUGAUGAUAUUAGCGCGCAGACAGCAAGGUCGAGGAGGUGGUGGAAUCGGAGCAGGUGGAGUUGCAAACGAUGAAGAAGUUGCAACUUCACCAUUCAUCCCAGCAGCCCUUCGCAACGAGAUGUCGGAGGAAUUACGAAGCCUGAAGCUACAUCCGAGUUUCUUUUACCAAGCUGGACCUUCAGCUCGUCCACAGUUAAUAGCUGCUCCUGGAUCUACAGGAGUCCAAGGCGACGAGGAUCAUCCUGUAAUCCCCACAGCUGACGAGGCGUUAGCAGUGGAAGAGAGUGAAUUCGAUAGCUUGACACUUUCAGUUCCGAGUACAGAUAGCCCCACGGGCGAUAGAACUACAAGAACAACGACUUGGCGUCAACGACGCUUGUUGCAGCGUGUCGGUCAGCUUGGGUCUCUGAGCAGCAGUGCACAGGAUUUACAUCUAGUGCGUGGCGGACGCGGGCCAGCUCGUCAAACACAAUAUCAAUCCUUGCAGCAACGUCGCGAGCUAUUCGACCAAGCUGGUGCAGCUGUUGGAGAAGUUUCUAGUGUUUUCCAGUCUAUGGCGGAAACUUUCACGAAGAUUGAGGAAGAGUCAACUUCUCGCGACUUCGAAAAUGCGGUUUUCAGACGUGGCCAAUCUGCUUUGGCGGAACUCGAAAAAGCGUCGAAUGCUUACUUUCUAGACCGCGCUGGCGGUGUGGAUGCCAUGUUCGGACAGCCCUUGGACCCUGCGAGGAGAAAGAAGCAUAACUUGGGACCGUUGAAGACCAAAGGUCAAGGUCAAGGUGGGUCUCUUCGAGAGUCAAAAGCGCAAGGAGGUGGGGAAAUCAAUGCUACGCCUCCUAACAGUAUGGAUGAUCCUGACGACGCGGCUGAAGGCGAUGCAGGUCGUCGAAACGCGACUGACAUCGCGAUGGAGCUAGCGGAAGCAACGAAUGCAACAGCUGCUCAAGCAGUUAGGCUAGUCUUGAACACGCGGAACAUCCUUCGCAGUCUCGGAUCGUCUUACUUGAUGAAAACAUCUUCUCCCUUGCAUCUUGAAAAAUCCUUGACAGAGGCUUUGUUUGAGACCGCAGAUGCGCUAAUCGGAGGAAUCGAGAAGGCAAAGCGAUGGUUCGAGCUUGCGCGGGACAUGAACGAGUUUCCGCAGUAUUUCAGUAUGCGCCAGCUGCAGUUUAUGCGUGUCUCGAACAGGGUGUCGCCAAUUGACGCCAGACGGGCUUGGCGUUUCCAUCAGCACAGGACGAUUCCGAUCACGAAGUUCCUACGCACCGUGGCUUCCCCGGAAGCCAACGAGGACGAGGAAAUAGUUGCCCAGUCUCAAAAAAUUGCUGAUCAAGAAGAUGAACGUCACAAAAACGGACGUGAAGAAGGUGAGGUCGAGAAGCUGCAAAAGGAACUGGAAGAGGCAGAACGACGUGCAGCUGGAGGUGUUCAAUCACUUCAACAAGCAAGUCUACUAGUAAAUCCUUUCCUCCCCCCCGGUGGUCUACUAAAUCCUUUCCUCCCCGGUGGAGGUUUUCAACAGAACAUGUCUCGUCCCAUUGACGGCGAGCAAGAAGUCCUGAGGCUGCUAGAAGCGCAGGCUGCCCUAGAAGACGAGGAUGAGGAAGACGACUACGCUUGGGCCAAACGCAAUAGAGUGGGCCUUGCUCCAGAAACAGGACCAACGACAUUAGGAGGCUUGAUCGGGCAAGCUGUUGUGCGUGGGGUCUCUUCGUUCGCGAAUGCAUUCACUGGUCAAAAUACACUAGCACCAGAAGACCUCGUACCCGUCGACGUCGAGUCGCAAGUCGAUGCAGGCUUACGUCCGUUCGAGAAACGCCAUGUGGAAGAGAACAAAGACCGUCAAAGGCGGUCAAUAGAAGCUCUAGCGGCUGGAGAACGAUUGACGCAGGUUGUAGAUGCCUCAGCCUUGAGAGAAAUGGACGGACUAGAACAGGGAUUGUUUGCCCGAUUUCCUUCAGUCGGCGGGUCUUGGUCAUCGGACGCUACGUUUAAGGGUUGGAGUCGGGUAAACUCCGCAGAAGCGGGCUUCCGUUACUCUAAAGUGGCGGGAAGGAGGAGCGUGAAGAAAAAAAUUGACGAAGAAGAAAAUGAUGAUGAUGAUGCUAUGGACACUUCUACUCCUGGACCCACCAGCGCACGACCCCAGGACAACUAUACCUUAAGUUCCCCAAAAGCCACAACGAGACUGCGAAAGGUUGUUACCCCUCGUUUCGAGACCAAACAGAUCGUCCGCACGCAGAUGAAAGAGACCGCAAUGCGCAUUCGCCAGAGUCUAGAAAGCCUGAAUCCAGGUCAACCCGUGAACUCAUACAUGACGCAGAGAGGGGUUUGGUUGCGAUACAGGAUCGGAGGAGCUUUUUCAAAAAUCCGCAUGCCUGGUGGAGUCUCCAAUUUCAGUCGUUUGUCAAGAUUUUUGGCCUUGAGUGGCAUCCCACGCGCAAGGGCGGCGCUGCAACAGGUUGGUUUGAUGAAUCCUAACAUUAGGAAUAACCAAGCUCAUCAAGAACAGCGGCUGCUGGAAGCUCACCAACAACAGCAAGCUGCGAAUUUGAUGAUGAACAAUCCAGUUGGUGCUGCACUAGGAGCCGGAGGUCAAGGACAACAACAACUUUCUGCAGAAGAGGCACAGGCCCAGCAGGAAAAAGACUUGAAAGAAGAAAUGAAGAAACGAGCGGAGCAAGAGCGUCGUGAGCUUACUCUUGGCUUGCCAGAUUCUGCGCUUUCCGAUCGUGGCAUCUGGGGUUACGUCUACGUAAACUUCCAGCGCAACGCCCAACGCGACGCCUCGAAGAGGAAAAUUGACUACAGUAAGCGUCUUCACGCGCCAGCGAUUCAAAACCAGAUGGCCCUGCGACACAAGCAAGCCACGGACCACGUAGCCGUAGGCGAAUGUUUGCGAGCUGGUGCGUCGUUAUUGUUAAGGCCUCACUUAAUCCACCUUCAAGCUCAUCUGUAGGCCGAUUUCAAGUAGAAAAGUGGACACAGAUGAGGCAAAGAUGGACUGUAGUGAGCUCUAAUAUUGAAUCUGGAAAAGCAUCUACCACCCGAUGCGGUAGGGGCAAAAGCGGUGCAAGAUGCGGCGUUUUUAGCGAAGAGGAGGAGAGAUGCUGUGCACAAAGAAAUGAUCGGCUGGCCGUCUAGUCGCUUGAAGGAAGUGAAUGACGAAAUUCAAAGACUUGAAUCGAAGGGCACUAGUGCAGUAAAACAGCGAAUAGAGAAAGGACACUUGGUAAACCAAAUAGCAGAAGGCCAGAAAAAGUGGGAGGAAGACACGAAGGCCCGCGAGGAGCUAAAUGAAGAGAGAAUCGCGGAAACUGGAUUCGGCCUAGAGGAACCAUCUGAAGAGGAGUGGGAGGCGUUGCAGACCGCUGUUGAAUUUAAGACUUCCCGUCAUUCUUCAUCUAGAGGAUGAAUCUACUUUGCCACGUUUCCAAGAGGAAAACGUGUCAAAGAUGACUUUCUUUUUCACCCUUUUGCUUGUCAUUGUCUUUCCUUCGAUCAUCGUUGCCUUCUCUUGUUGAGUUGUUGUAGCUUUUGGUUGGGUUAGGGUAGAUUUAUCGUUACCUCAAGUUGAGCAUGCCAUUAUUUAGGUAAGCUCUAACGAAUUCGUCGCUUUGCUGCAUGACGACUCUUUUGAUACGGAGCGACUGCUUUCGCCGAAAGAGUAUGAAGAUUGGCUCCAAAGAGAAUGGCAACGGGCUCGCCUGUGGCGACAUCGAGCAAAGAGUGCAGCGAAGCUGGAAAAUGCAAGAGUGGAAUACGACAGAAUCUUCGAAGCAAACGCAAGUGUUGUACCGGGCAUGGGUACUAGUGGUGUUACAACCGCAUCUCUGAAAAUGGAGUCUUUUUACGCUCAAGUUGACUCUUAUGUAAAGGCUGGCAAAACAGGUAAAGGUAAAGAUGUUGCAAAAGAAAAAAUUGGUGCGAAUGGUCAACAAGGAGGUGCUACUGCUAAACAAGGAAAAGCAGAUGAAGGAAAAAAGGCAGAGAAGAGUAAAGAAACCAAAGAACCGAAGAUAUCGAAAAUUCGCCAGAUGCACAACGCUGCUUUUAAUUCCAGUCUAGAGACCCAAGAUUGUAACAAUGUCUUGUUCCCCAUCGCUCAACAUCCACAAUUCCGUGACCUAAAACGUUUCUACCCAGCGACUGAUUUGCUUCUACGUGGAAAGAAGAUCUUGGCAAGGCUCACAGCCAUAAUCGCAGAGGCAGAAGAAAUGCUGCGACACAAGGUGCUAGUGCCGCUGUAUGCCCAUUUGAAGAAUGAAGUUCGAGAACACAGUACUGCUAUUACUAGUACUGGACACACUACUAGCUCUUUGCAGAUCCCAGCGCCCGUACCAACCCUGGGGUAUCUUGAAGUCUUGGACGUUGCUUUGCAUCGGCCAUCUGCUUAUCGACUGCAUGGAAGUGAUGCUAUGACACCAUUACCUAGGCCAAUUCCUUUUGGCAGCAUCACGGCUGCUCGCAGUGUCUACCAAGAAUCGUUUGAAGAGCAGGUUUCUCUCAUGAUGUUAGGCGAAGGUGGUAGUCUGAAUGGCGAAGGAGCUGGUGUGGGAGCCCAGGGACAAGCAAUGAAUCCUGAGGAGCAGUCUCAUCAUCAAGUAUUGCAGAUAGAGCGCAAUGACUCAGUGAAGUUUGGCGAUCAAAAUGCAGGACACCAGGUUAGGGCAGGUCGCGUUGUCACUGCUGAUAUGCGGCUCGCGGAUAGGGUUAUCAUAAUUGAAAGUGAGCGAUUGGCUUAUCGUUUGACGGAAACGGACCCAAGCGAUGAUGAAAAUGCCAAUGGUAUUGGAGGAGGCUCUUCUUCUGAGCUCUACCGUGUGAUUCCCUACUUCCAUGGUCUCGGAUCUGCUCAGCAUUCCGAUGUCGAUUACGCUUUGAUGUUACGUGGCAUGCUCAGUCUCUGGCAUGCAGCAGGCAGCACGGUCCUUCAAUCUCGUAGUCGAUACGAAAACGUCGCCUUUUUCAAUUUCAUCUACGAUGGCCUUUGUGCGCCGUUCUUGACGACGGUGGAUCGCGGUUCCGGGUCUUCUGGAGGCGGAUGGGGUCCAAGUGAGCAAAGACUCUACAACGCUAUGGUCACUGGUGGAACGCCUGAUGAUGAUAGUGUGGAGGACUAUGAACCGUUUAACUUGCGAAAAGUCGAUCCUCUCUCUUUGCUACGUGUGCGCGCCUAUCUGCGCAUGGAGACCGCGCAACAAGAGAUUUGUCGUGAAGUUGGUCGUGAUCAUACCCAUCAUCUGGUCGAAACGGGUUUGAGACGGAGACUCUUUCGCCGUCGCGACGUGUCGCGGAGUGAGGAAGCGCAAGUAAAAAGCGAAUUGAAAGAACGCUUCCGUCAUAGUCGUGCGUUCACAGACAUCAACCAUAGUCAAUCCAAAAUGACUCAAGCUUCCCGCGAAAGCAAUGAAAGGCAUCACGUGGAAGCUCGCAUGCGCACCAACAUUCGUGCUGCUGAUGCUUUGCAACGUCUUGCUGAUAAAACGAUGUAUUUGCACGAGCCUGGAGAGCGCACGCCUUUGAGUUUUGAACGAUUGGAUGAUGCUACUGGACUCGUCGUGGACAUUCCAGCAGAUAGGACUUGGUUCACCGAUAGUGGCAUGGUUUCAGGAUCAAGCUCUGGAACAUCAAGGCAGCUUGUCUACGAAGAACAUCCUUCAGCAAGGCGUGACCGCGUUCGUGCUGCGAUGGGACUCGAGGGCUUUCAUCCAUCUGUCUUUGGCGCUGUAGCGAAAGUCAUGACGGGCGGUGCUGGUGCUGAUACAGCUACUGCACCUCGAGGACCUCCAACUUCGUUAAUGGCUCGUUUAGAUCCUGGCAGCCUUUUCCUUGCUCAGUUUGAGAAUGUGCGGUUGCUGAAUCGCAGUGACGUGGAUGACAAUGCCAGACACACCUAUGGGGAUAGCGGCAUCCGCUAUGGUGGGAGUGAAGUUUUCUUCCAAGAAGAGCCUGCAAUCGCUGGAAGCAGAAAUGUGGAGCUCUAUUUGGAACAUUUUUUCGCCAACAAGUACCGCAAUGUUCAAGCUUGGCGUAUGUGGUUGGAGGAAAGCAUCAAGUUUGGAGGGUUCGUGAAUAUUCCCACAGUGGUCGCUGGUGCCUUCGUCAACGCUGACGACCCGCAGGACAAGGGUGCGGCAUUGGUGAGAGACUUAACGCAGCUAGCAAGAAAUGGAGAAGCUUUAGGUGCUUUCACGAGCCGAACAGAAGGAGACUAUAAUGCAAAUAGGAACAGCAACCUUCUGGGUCGAAUGCUCGGAGCCGCAGAUGGAGGCUCGCAGCGAGAUACGGCUGUCCGACAAACAGAUGCGAUUUCAGCCGAGGGCGUAGCGAAUGCGCUAUUCUGCCACGGCGAAGAGGCACAACAAGCUGCCAGAGACGGCGUACAGACACCAGCUGUAAUGGGAAGAGACGGAGGAUGCAUAAAAUGUCACGCCGGAAACUGCUACUAUGUGCGCGAGAACACCUUGGAUGCUAUGUUAAAACCCGAUAUGGGAUCUGCUUAUCCACAAUUAGCGGCUCAAGCGUUUAACAGGCUUGUCGAGGACAAGGUGCCCAAUGCUCUUCGGAGGGCUCAAGAAAAAGCUAAGCGAGAAGCAGCAGAGAAAGAAAAGGAAGCUAAUGCGAAUGGAGGAAAUGAAGAACAGGUUCCUCCACCUCCAGCGCCACAUCACGAACAGAGACCUGGUAGGGGAUCACCGUUCAACAAGGGUAAAUGCGAGCAGGCCUGUGCUUGUCACAAUAAGAUGUUGAAUAUAUCCUCUCCUUUCGCUAUUGGGACCGAUCGAUCUCUGCAGGGAUCAGUUGCGGCCAACGACCCUGUUUUUAAUACUGGACCACAAGACUCCGAUGAUGAAAAGCGUGGCCUCACACUCGAAACUAAAGUUGCCUCGUGGAAGUCUGCUUUUGCUGGCAAGGACGGCGUGGAAACAGGUUUCCGUGACGCUGUGGGCGCGCCCUGGUCGCAGUACGAGUGUCAAGUAGCGUGCCAGGUUUGUAGAAUGAAACUAGGGAAAAAUUUGGAGGAGGGCAAUUCCAGGCAUAGACUGGAUCAAGGCUUGCAGAUGUGGAACGAAAUGCAGGUUCACGGGAACUACGCCUGGGUUGCCAUGCUAAGGGACUACAGCAACGCUUUAGUUCUAAGGCAAACAAAUUUGCAGGAUCUGGUAGAGAUUCAAUGGGACGAAGACGCCGAACGUCUGUUUCACAAGAAUCAAGACUCGGAAGAUGCAGCGGAUCCAGUGCUUCUUGCCUCGAGCGCUGCUGGGUCCAGAAGGGAAGUACUGUUCUCUAUCCGCGGCGGACGAAGGGGAGUAGGUUCUACUAGAAGAAGUAGUAGUCGGCCAUCUCAACAACAGGGUCCUCGCCUGUCAUCUCCAACUCCAGGUCCAGGGCAAGUGCAGGUCCGUUUGUUGAACGACAGAGCUCAACGACUGGACUUGCGACCCUCCAAGGAAGACGAAAAGACACUGCAAAUUGUGCUACGUCAUGCUGCACUGGCCGAUACCCGUAAGGGACGUGAGCACCUGGAAAAAAUGGUCGGAAGCUCCUACAGAAUCAUCGUGAGGAGCCCCUUUGCGCCUAUACAGUUGAUCCGCAUAUCUGGUUCUGGAUCUGUAGCUGGCAGGGACUCAGAGGACGACUAUACAGCCAGCAAGAGAGCCUUAGUAACGAGAUGGAAACAUCAGAUGCUUUCUCGGGUGGCACUGCGGAGUCGGCAAGGUAGUUCAUCUGCGCAGAUAAUGACGAACAUGGAGACUUUAGUUGCAACCGUUUCGAAUUCGUAUUUGAACCCGCCGAAACAAAAAGCAGACGAUGCAAGACCUCCAACUUCUCCUUACAGUAAAAAGAGAGACCAUUCAGCCCAAACCGUGACUCAAUCCUAUGAGCUUGCUGUGAAACGCAUCGUAAAAGCCGCUGAAAGAAAGGAAUAUCAGGAUGUGAAAUGGACUGAGCAAAAAAAGAAAACUGAAGAGGAGAUAGCAGCAGAUAAGUUUGCGCGCAAAGUUGCUUCAGAAACAGGCUUCGUCAACGCAGAGGCUAGGUUAGCAACCUACUUUGCUAGGGAAAUCGUUUUGCGGGUAUCCUUGCCGAAAAAAACGCAAGAUCGAGUGAAGAGUGAGGUCGGCGGAAGCACUGACUUUUGGGUAAGGAAUGCUAUGCAGCAGGUACCAGUUUGUGAUUCAGUAUGGCAGAACUCGAAAUGUCAAGAUGCACGAAAUGCUCCUCCUCCUUCUCCUGCUCCUGUGGUUGCACCUAAAGCGAAAGCUGGCAGUGUAUCAGCUCCUGAAGCGCAAGCAGAGAAUACGAGCACUUUUCUUCCGUCUAUUUUGGGUCUGUCAGCAAUGAAUCAAGCGACAUUAACGAAAAACAACGGAGGACAAGAAGGAGGACCUUCACCACAGACGGUUGCUGUAUUUGACGAAAAAGUGAAAGCGGAACUGGCGGAAAAGUUUUUGAGAGUCGAGUACAUGAAUCACUACCUGACACAGCGCCAAUCCGAACAUAGACUUUGGGGAGAAUUGGUCUGCGACGUCUUAAACCACUGGGAGCAGCGUGGUUUGAUCUACGAUGUCCACGCCUACAAAGAUUUGGGUGCGUUUUCUAGGGACAACGAGGCAUAUCGUGGCGCCACCGAGGACGAAGUGAAGGACGGAUUCUUGAAGAAUCCUAGUGGUCAUGAAGCGCUGUAUAGACAGAGGUCGAUCCGCAGCAUCUGCGAAAACGAAUACGCCAACGUUCGCGUGGCAAGAGACAAAGGCCCAAGAUCGCCGCUUCAUGUUUUCAUGGCUAUUCUUCUAGGCGGACACGACGCAGUGAGGGGACAGGAAUUUGCGGUGGUAUUGAUAAUGAUCUUUUUCGUGUUUACUAGGUAACUUUUGGUGAACUGCAUUAAGAAGUUGCAGUUCGACUUCCUCGUGACCAAACCACCAUCAUAGAUAAAACAAAGUAUUCCAUACUACAUCAGUACAGUUGUCGUGGUCGUUAUACUAGCUAAAGAUUCAUAUUCUUCCAACUGUCACUAUCUCCAACGUGAGACUGAAAAACUCAACAGAGCUUCCUUCGUGAUCAAGAAUCGCGUUUGGACGCUUCGGAAACCUUAUCCUUGUCCGACUGGAUUGAGGAGUACGCACCGCAAGACGAAGAGGGAAACGACAUCCAGGAGGAGAGGUCGGAUGAGGAGGCGAAGGAACUGAAGUCCGCUACGUGGAGAAAGUUGGAGCCCAUCGUGAUGCAAUGGGAGGUCAUCUUCGCGAAGAUUUUCAGAGAACGAUUCUUGUUGAAGAAGCAAAUCGAGUUCGAUCUAUAUCAUCCAGUCUUACUGCAAGACCUGUUUGACAACGAGGCAAGGGAUACGGCUGGAAAUGGAUUGGGUACAACUGCUUGUCUUCAACUUCUAAUCGCUUGUUCAUUGACCAUAAUUCUGGCUGUGACAGUGACAGCUUAAUCCAGUUUGCUGCUAUCUAGUUGUCCUCCCGUUGAUCUCGUCCAUGACUAUGAAUGUACAUGUUUGAUUUAGUUGAUACCCGUAAUAAUCAAAUGGCAUUUAUUAAUGUGCCAUGAUCUUCUUUUCGUGCAGGUGAGUUCUACUCCUUCUCCCAUCUUCCGCCCUCAAACAUCAGGCGUAAUCCGACCAGAACUGUACUCGAUGAUGCUUGAAGGGAAUUACACUGGUCUCAAGGUCGCAGUCCAAUUGUUUAAGACUAAGUCCGCUGAAGAGCCUGAAGAACCGUCGGCGCAAGGAGGAGCUGGUGCUGCUGCUGGAACUGCUGGAAGUCAGUUUCAGUCCCCGGCUCAACAGUCUCGUUGCGAGGAACAGAACCGGAUGGCGCACACAGAAGUUCGCAUUAUAGAGAUCAGUAAAGAAGAGUUGGAUUUCGAACAAGUUGAAGGAGACCGUGUCAGUUUUCAAGAUCCCUCUAACCCAGCAACUAAGGCAGCUACCGCAGAUGCAUCCUCAGGCUCAGCAGCAUCCUUGCUGCCUCUUUUGUUUUUAAAGGGAAAAACAAAAAGGGGUACAAGGAAGGAUGCUGAUGCUCUCAAGAAAGAUGCUCGCGCGGUAGCUCUAAGACAAAAAACGUGGAGGAUGUGAUCCCAACUAUUCUUGAGCUGUCUUUGAGAAGAAAACUGUACAACCUCUGGCAAGUGAAAAAGCUUUUGGAUGUGCUCCUGCGACCACAAUUCAACCGUAUUUUUGGAACUGGGGAAUCGGUGUUGUUGACAGCAGAGGAACUACAAGCUCAUAUGACUGCAACGGCACAAACACGAGCUGAAACAGGAGAAGCGGCCCAUCGUCAAGGACGCAAAGACGCAGCAUGGUGGACGAAAUUGGGAAACAACUUCUUAUCGGGAUGCAGCACGUUUGCAGGUAUUGAAAUUUAUUGUACUUGUGCUUGUGCGACCAAGAUGAAGCACUUGUAGUUUAGUUCGUUUGUCGUAGAAGUCUGUGGAUAAGUGCGUCGUAUUAAGCCCGCUUUACUUCUUUUUUCACCUAAGUAAGUCACUGUUCAUCUUAGACGAAGUAAGUUUAAGUUCUUACAGAUAUUAUAUAUAAUGAUAAAAGCAGCAUACUACCAAACUUCAUAACAACAAAACCACAUAAACAACGAACUUCUUCCAAGUUUGAUCAAACAACAACGUCUCCCUCGUCAGGUAUGGUCGCCGGCAUUUUUUCGGAUGCUGCUAAGGGUCAUUGCUAUCGUGCAGCAACUGCGUUUUCGAAUCGAGCCAUUCAAAUUGACUACGACGUCGCGAGAGAGAACCAAAACCAGCGAGAUUCGGUCCGUGCCCGAAAGUUCUUGCGGAAGUUCGCUUACCCCCUCUCCUCUUUGACCGAACUCUCCAGUCAAUUAGCUUGGAUGCUGCGCGCCUUCCCAAAUCUUUUGGCUUAUUUUGUCGACAAAGAGGAGCAUAAACUCGCAUCUUCUGGAUCUUCUGACAGAGUAGAGCAAGCCGAAAUGGAACGAGAUAAGGACAUGAAAGUGGACAUGCUUCACACUUUCAUGACUGGCGUCCUCUUGCCGGUUUCUUGGAUCUUGCGUUCACACCUGACCUACUUGUUUAUUCCAGCAGAGAACGCAGACGAACGAGAGACGUUUGGCAAUGCAGCCAGGGAAAUCCGUACGUUUUUGGAUGCAUUGGAAGGUUGGGUGCCAUUCGACCAUUUUUUCAAGCAUCCUCUUCAUCACGGCAACGCUAUGCAGCUAGCUGGAAUCCAAGAAUGCUUGAGUUCCCUCGAUUUGUUGCGAGAAAUUUUAGAAGCGAAGACGGAACACAGCAAAUACGUUCCUCGACAAUAUUUGAGUUUGAAUUUGUUCGAACAAGCGACGCCUUUGGUGGAACAAAUCGUGACGGAGGAAGUAACUGCAUUAUUCGACACGCAUCUCGAUUGUGCAGCAAAUACCAGGACGAUGAACACGUACUUCUAAGAUUUUUAUUUUCAGUUUCACAACUGUUUAGGAGUAUAAUUUUUCAUCUUGUCCUCUGGGCACUAAUUUUUCAUCCUUUCUCGGACACAAAAUUUUUCAUCUUCUCACUGUAGAGGAUGCUUUUGGUUUUGGGCUAUUUUUCCACAUAGUUGCACUUCGUUCUUGUCACUCUUCUGCUCUCAUUCCCCCUGAUCCUUCCUCGCAGGUAUCUACUUAACAAGUCGUCAUCAAGUCGAUUUUCUUGUGUGCGCCAGAAGGAGGAGAUCAAGGGUGAUGUGACGAUCUACAUCGCCAAGAACCUAGAGUCCGAUCUACACCGCGAAAUGUAUCUGGCUAAGAAUUUUGAACCGGAACGACGCGCCAUGCUCUAUUCCCCAAGUGCACUUCUGGCUGGUAUUCGAAGCAGUGGCAUGGCUGGAGACCCCACUGUACACUUACAGCCGGAACAUGUUCGCAGGGUCACUGUGCAAGUCAUAGGCAGGGAGCUGAAUCGCAUUUUCCGCAAUCACAAGGUGUUUUCGAUGCCUGUGGAAGGAGAGACUUGUACCAUGGACUUCGUUGAAGGCUUAGAUGAAGGCAAUGAGAUGCUCCUGUGGUCAGUGACGCAUGAUACGCGCAUACUCAGUACCACAGAGCAAGCUGCUGGAGGCCAGCAUAUACUUGGGGGAGGUCAAGAUGAAGAUGCUGACAUGAUUAGUGCAGCUGAUGAGUCGACCUGGAACUCUCCUACAACAUCCUCCAGUAUUGCUUUACAGCGACGACGUAAAGUUUUUCGCUCUGUGCAAGAAGUAAGGGAGUAUCUCGCAAAACUUCACACUGAAGUGCAGAGAAAAGCCCUGUAUAACUCGGUGGAAACUUCACACACGGCGCGUAUGUUCCAGGAGACAGUUUCAAAGACUGGUCGAGGAGUGCAGGUUCGUAAAAAGAGGAAACUACCGCAUCAAGGCGCGAGAAAGGGUGUGCAAGGAGGAGCUGCAAAGCAGAAUGAGGUUCCUAGUAAGCCAAAAGACGCUCCUACCGCAAGUACAAGUACAACUAUAAAAACAUCUAGGAGGACCAAGACCUUCGUCGUAAAGGCCAAACUUGAAGCGAUGCACCGUGUCGCAGAUAGUGGAUCUUUGACCCACGGGUCUUCAUUCGCAGGUGCCCGUCUUCCCCAGUGCCAAAAACGCUCCACAAACAACAGGCCUUUGGUGAUCGUCUCAGACCAGGAUUAUUUUUCUGACAAUGAUGGCGUCGAAUACAAAACCCUGCCGCAUCUUGUGGAACACACAGCGAUUCGUCUAAAGGAAGCUGAAGACAACAAAGAACGACAGAAAGCCAGCAGCGUGAGCGAUUUAGCAAGAAAGACGGUUGAUCAGUUAAACACUCCUAGUAAUGCGUCAUCUAUCGACGAAAUGAGGAGACUCGGAGGUUCCUCAGCAGACCCUACUAAGGCCCUCCAGACCGGUUUUAGUGGACUCUCAGUGUCUUCAAAUCCAGUAUUUUCAUCAAGCAUUCCUGAACACACAGUCGACCGAGUCGUCCUUUGUCCUAGUGGUGCUGUCUCUGUCCACGCUGCUCGCGACCUCGCUUCUACCUUAGUGGGGUAUAUGCGGAUGUACACUGAAUGGUCAGAGAGGGAGAAGCUUCCGUCUUCAGCCGCUCACAUGAAUGAUGAGGAGAAACGACUAGGGCGAAUGUGGACUCGCUUCAGUGUCAAGGCUCUGGCUCUAUACCACGUCAAAUGGGGCCGCUGUGCUACUGCGUUGCAACUUCAGAGUCUAUUGCGCGACCUCUACUUCGAAAUGCAGUAUAAGGAUAGGUGCGCGUUGUUUCGGUUGGAUGGACAGGAAUUGUCGGAUGAAAACUUGAUGGGGGAAAGAGGUGAUGUUGAUCAAUCUUCUCGUACAACCAAUGCAGUUUGGCGCUACCGCUUACGCAGUCGUGAUGUGUGCCGAUUGCCUCGCUUUAACGCUACUGUCCGUGGUAAUCGGGUUAGGCUUGACGCGAGUCUGGACGCGCAGACAGCUGCUCUGGCUGCCGAAAGAGAACGCGAUAGAUUACACGAUCAAGCAAGAAGAGCCAUUGCAGCAGCUUCUAGUGAUGUUGCAGAAGCAGGAGGUUCUCGUAGAGCUGCAAUCUAUCCGUCUGCAGCUCACACAUCUUCACCACGUAAACAACCGUCACAAGAAACUGUCCUGUUAGAACAAACUAGAAGAAUCUUCAAGGCCUAUGAUGCCUUCUUUGAUAGGAUUUUUAACUCAUCUGCGACGACUGAGAUGGAAUUUUCAGCACUCGCAGCUGGUGGGGAUUCAACAUGACCAUGACCAAAACAUGCUAGUUAUUUAACUAAAUGAUCUACCACAAAAAGGAAAGCUAUUUUUGCUGCUAGCGUCAGAAUGUUACCGAGGCAGCUCGACAUGAAAAUGAAACACAAAGAAGUAAGGAAGGAAACAAGCAAGUACUAGUACUACAACAAGAUGAAAUUGAUAGCAUGCUUAAGCUUAGAGAUGAAUAGAUACAACUUGAAAAUGAACAAGGUCAUCAUGAUCAUCUAGAAAAAGAAUUGAUGACCACCAUGUAGGAUGUAGGAUGUUUUUCAACUGAUCUUAACGAAAAUCCUGCGUGGUUCCUUAAUAUCAGGCGACAGUAGCAAUAUUUUUAGACGAAAAUGAUAAUGAAACAAGACAAAAAAGAAGAGGAAGUUCUUAAUGAAAAUAAUAGGAGUGCAAUCUUCACUGGUAAUCAUGAAUGUUGAAGGAGUAGAUUUUUUUUCGAGAUUUUUUUGGAUUACGUCGGUUGGUACCGUGCAAAAUACCGAUCGAGGAUGGGUUUUUUUCUUUGUCACUGUUUCGACUUUUUUUAGUUUAUAGUUCAACAACAUCACAUACUUACAUAUUUUUUAUUAGCCGAUACCAUGGUUGGUAUCCGUUUCGCAUUAAAGAUGUGAUUUUCAUCGAUGGUGCUCGUUGAACAACAAGAAGAUUUCUAUCAUUUUUUUUAUGUGCAAAAUUGGUUUCGAUUUUUUUAGGGAUGUUAUGAAGAUGUUAAAUAAUGAAGGUGACGUUGAACUUAAGAGCGGACAGGAUUUCAUUACUAGCUCAAAAUGUUGUGCUUAUUUCUUACGAGAUUGAAU